AUGAUUGGUGCUUCGAAGGUCAGCAAUAAUGGUUCGACUACUGAUGAAAUUGGGCUCCGUUGGCUUGAAGAGCUCUUCAUUCCUUCGACAACUAUACGCACGCGUGGUAGAUUCCGACUAUUGAUCCUCGACGGUCAUGAUAGCCAUCUUACACCUAAAUUCGGUAAGGCGUCGGCCGAAGCGGCCCGCAAUAACACCGAGUGGCUGACCGAGUUGGGCAAUGACACCAGACUAGUGAAGCCACGGUUCGGAGUAGCUGUUCACCUUAUCCCGACCUCUGGGUUAAACCUUGGAAGAAGAAAAACCGAAGCCAUUGGAAAGAUCACAAACGAGAACGACCUCACGGACCGCGGCUUUCGAAUCGAAGACAUUGCAUGGCUGAAGAAAAGAGACAAAAAACUGGGAAUGUUCGCCUCGAUGGGCCUCUGGUUUGAUUCAUUAGAGGCAGCAGAGUGGAUGCUGGACAAUGGCCUGUUAAUCGACCAACGGAUUCGGCCAUCUAGCGGUCUUGCAAAGAGACACCCCGAUGCGGCCAACAUGAACGAGAAAGAUGUCCUCCGGGCAUCAGAGCGCGCUGCCUAG